AUGUCCACGGUGAACUCCAUCACUAAGAAGAAAGUGGGGCUGUUUGCUAUCCAAGACACAGGCGCUCCUGGUGGUCGCAGCGACUACAAAACUCUCGUCAUUGUGCACGGAACAGCGUCUCCUGGUGACAUAUUUUACCGCCUCUUACCUUUUGCUCCCCACUACAACACUCGUAUCAUACUCGUUAAUCGUCGUGAUUAUCCCGGAUCGACGCCGCUCACUGACUCCGAGCGUCAACUUUUGGCUUCUGCCCUCUCCGAUACGGCCGAGGCUGCUGAAAACAUUCGGUCUUACAUGAAGGAUCGCGCUAGAGAGUUAUACGACUUCCUCUGCGAGUUCGCUAUAUCGGAAGAUAUUCCGAAGAUCUCUGGGCAACGUGGGAUAACACUGGUGGGGUGGUCUUUGGGAGCGACAUUUGUCACCGCCCUUCUGGCUCAUCUGGAAACGUUCGAGGGAGAUCAGUUGACCUUACGGGCAUACCUCAACAAGUUUAUUCUCUUAGAUCCAUCCUAUGGCGUCUUAGGCUUCCCUCAUCAUGAAAGCGUCCGCAUGCCUAUAGAGGACCCCACUUUUACCGGUGCCAGUGAAGAGGUUGUCGCAUGGAUCACGGGCUACUACGACCACUCCUUGCCUCCUUCAUACCCCUCCACUCCAUUGACCGACCCCAAACUCGAACUCAGCCAUACGCCGCUCGCCAGUCCUCCACCUACGAUCACGGCCAUUCCUCCUGAAGAGCUUCAGACCGUGUUUUACGCACCGCCCGCUAUGCCCGACGGUUCAGACAUGAUGCUCUACACCGCCGGGCAGCAGCUUGGUUUAUUCGAGGACAUGAGAAGGAAGGCGAUUUAUGUCACGUCCUCGGAAGACGUGACAGUGGAAGGGAAAAAAUGGAGGGAGAGUGUCGAUGUUAGGGUCAUAUGGUGCGAUCGUACAGUGUGGGGGAUGCCUUGGGGUAUUCCCAAGCUAUAUAGAGAGAUUGAGGAUGCGAAGGCGAGGAAAGAACUGAGGGUCGGGAAGGUCAGUCUUGUGAGGAUGAGAGGGUCGAAUCAUUACGUUCAUUGGGACGAACCUGAGCGAACGUUGCGCGCCCUUUUGGCCGAGGAUGGUGCCCAAGAAGCGUAA